UCCUGUGCAUGGGCUGCAUUCAUCCCCAGAAAUGCAUUUGGUUUGCCCUUCCAAUCUAGUCAAAACCGGUUUUUCCCAGUGUGGCCGUCUCCACCACUCCCGCCGGCGUGUUAUUUUUUUCAUUUCAAGAGCUUCUCGAGUUUUCUUCUCUGCGUUUCUAAAACUCUCCAAAAUGUGUUACGAAGUAAAAUGUACACACUGUGGAAAGCGGACGUGGCAGGGGUGCGGCAAGCACAUCGACUCUGUCAUGAAGCCCAUACCGGUACAGGAGCAGUGCGCGUGCAAGCCGCGAUCCCAGGAUGAGUUCGAUAAAUGCCGGUAAUCUCAAUAGGGUGGAUGCCUAAAGAGCGUCUCGUAGCUGGAGAAUCAGCUGGCAUGCUCGCAGUGAGACUUCAUUUCUUCGGUGUGUCGGAAUGGGAAAGUCAAAGAAAGGGACGUCACACGAUCAUCCAGAAGGAACGGGCAGGCUGGCAAGCGACGCCAUAUUUCAGAAAAGGCGGCAGUUGAAUAUGACAGUACGUGCCUUGUCUAUCGAAAAUGCGCAUAUCUAAAGUGGCGGAAUAAACAAUCUAUGCAUGCG